AUCUAAUUUUAAUUUCCAACUCCUUGUAAAAACACAGUCCAAACACCAAUGAUCCCAUUGUUUCUAAGAAUACUGUAACAAGAAAACCUUGGAACCUAUUACAUCAUCAUUAAGAAGCAACUCUUGGCAGCUUAUUUGAAGCUUUCCCCCAAAAAGGGAUUCCAUAAUCUGCUGAUUUCCAGAAAGGAAUGAGCUACUGUUUGAAGAAACGCAUGGAUAUGGUAUAACAUUAUGCACAUCAUUUGGUUUCCUUAGCCCGACAUGAUUAGUGUAAGAUAUAGAUAUUUGCAGAUGACAUGAGGUCUGCUUUUAAAUCUAAUCAAAUAAAUUGCCUGGUCCCUCAAUUCAAAACAUUUAACAGUGUGCAUUUCUUUUCAAUAACGAUCAGGUUCUGUCCAUCUCUUUUUUUUUUUUUUCUUCAAAUAGCAGUCUCUUAUGUCAUUAAUUCCUCUUUUGAGUUUGUUUUUAUUCUAUUUAUUGUUGUUACAGAAUAGUUAAUGCUAUUGUGCUGUUUUAUUUUUCUUGCAAACAUGUUUCAAUUUCUUUUCCUUUGAGCCGAGGGUUUAUCGGACACAACUUCUCUUCCCCACAAAGGUAGGGGUAAGGUCUGCGUACAUCCUAUCCUCCCCAGACCCCACUUGUAGGAUUACACUGGGUAUAUUGUUGUUGUACAGAAUAGUUAAAGUUCAUAUGGGAACUGUUCAAAUUUUUCUACAGAAGAAUGAGGCAGGAGACGAGAAAUGGCGUGGAUCAGUUGGAAGCUUAGUGGAGGCUCCAAUCGACCAAGUGUGGAACUUAGUAUCACAAAGCAGUAGACUAUCUGAAUGGAUGCCAGUGGUGGAAAGAUGCACUGAUUUAGGUGGAGAAGAAGGAUUUCCAGGCUACGUUCGCCUAGUUUCUGGUUUCAUGUUCCCCCAAAACGACGGAGACAGGUCGUGGAUCAAGGAAAGGCUAGUUUCUAUGGACACUUCAUCACAUAGUUAUGUUUACAAAAUGGAAGCAAGCAAUGUAGGUCUCGAUGGAUCAACGAAUUCACUAACCCUCUUUGAUUAUGAAGAUGAUACAACUCUUGUCAACUGGACUUUUGAAAUAAAUCCACUGGAAGGCACCUCCGAGGACACAAUCAUAGAUUACUUGGGAUUUCUUUAUAAAUCUUGUAUAAAUAAAAUUAAAUGUGCUAUAGAUACCUCCUCUCAAAGUGAAUGUACUGGAGAGUAA